AACAAGUUGAUGUCAUAGCAAUAUGUUCUGAACGCACAGGCGGAAUUUCACGUACUGUAUCAUAGUUAAUAUACAGGUUGAGAGAAAAUACAGGUGAACUCAAAUGUAACAGUAUGUUAUAUACUUGUUUUAGAAACUAUGGCAUUCAAUUAUGUCAACUAUAUAAUACAUUUUAGUUUUUCUACAAUAAAGUAAUUCAUGCAUAUACCCGAAGAUGUCCAGUUCAUGCCCCAUGAGUUCAUACCCUCACAUAUCAAUAUAACACCUAGCUGAAACCCACCUGUCAUUCACCUCUUUACACACACAGACACACUCUGAGCCGAGUUAGAGGUAACGGCAGAACUUCCCUCUUUACACACACAGACACACUCUGAGCCGAGUUAGAGUAAAUGACAGCACUUCCAUGCCCAGUGCUAUACUUAGCCCCAUUGGUCUAGUCUGGGAUAAUGAGAUAUAAAAGCCUCACCUGAUUCACUGAUCCCAGUGUAGUACUACAGACCUGUCAGUUACCUCUCUGUUAGCCAUUGAGACAGUGGCAGUGGCAUACAGGACACAGAGAGAGAGUUUGCGAUACACAGAGGAAUACCAACAAGAGAGGGAUACAGUCUAGACAACAGAGGCUGUUUUUCCAGGAUGAAGCCCAGACGGCUGCUUUCCUCUGUGGAGCUGCUGCCUACCAUCAGUGAGCUGCAGGAAGGAGUUCUGGAAGACGGGGAAGACGAGUACCCCACUAUGGAGGAGUAUGUGGACUCCAUCAAGAAACUCUCCCAGACCGCCCCGUACCCCCUCCACGGCCCACUCCGGGGGCACCGGCGAUGGAUAACCCGCUCGGCCACCCAUCCCGUCGGAAGAUGCUCCACUGUAGCCCCAUUGGCGCCCUAUAACAAAUCCAUGGUAUAUGCUCCUCGGAUCCCCAGUGGUCUAUCGGAUGUGUCACUCAUGGUCGCCCAUCCUUUGGACUGUGUAACCCGGGUAUGUUCCGGCCGAGACCCCCUGGAUUGGUUGUUUGCGCAGGCCCAGUUUUCUGGGUUGACGUGACUAAGAAAGUCCCAGGCUUCUGUUUGUGACGGUGCUGUGGAGAAGGCCUCAGGGCUUUGCUAAACUCUUUGGUGAACAGGAAGUAUAGUCUGGAUUACAUUACUGGAUUAACCCAGCGUGGGAUUGGAGGUCGAGGUAGUCAGGGAUGAUUUGUGAACGUUGUCUUAACUCUCCCAUGUAUUCUACUGUGUGGACUGAGUCCCUCCAGGCGUGACCGGAGUUGAAGGGUGUCCUAAUAUGGACACUGUAGAAGAAGACACCUUACAAAGUGAGGGGUGAACAAGGAGGGGGCAGAGGGAUUCAGCCCAAUGAAUUUACACCUUAGCUGCUUUAUCUCUCUGGAUAUCCUCGUAAUGAUAAUAUUUUGUAAGGAACUAUUUUGUAAAUAGAAGCUGUAAAUAUUGUACAUGAUUGUCUGUAAAUCUCUAAGUGUGACCAACACAAUUAAAACAACAUGGUA